AGCCGCUAACCAAACAUACGACGCCUUCAAGUCUAGCUACACGUACACGAGAGUGGAGUUGGAGUCGUCGGCAAAAUUUCGUGGCGCUUUUUCGGUUACUGGCAGCACACUUUCUGCCUCAAAAUUGUGAUACAAAAAUUUACCCCCACCAAAAUUCAAAUUUCAAAUUGAAUGCCAAGUGUAUGAAUCCCAAAUAUAACACUGUCGUACAUGAAAAGGUUAUAUUUAGUCGUUAAGAAAGUGUCCAACUAGUGCGUAACGAGUGCUACAAAUCAACAAAUCAAAUAAAAUUUUCAAAUAAAAUAAAAUCAAAACCAAAAUGAUGCAGCACAGUGCUUUGAUUCUGUCCACCAUCCUGAUCGUCUCCUGUGGAGCGGCACUCGCCUGCAAUGGAAAGAUAAUUGCAUCGGGCAUCAGCGCGGAAGAGCGAUCCAUCAUCUUGCAGGAACACAAUCGCCUGAGGCAGCUGGUGGCCACCGGCCGCUACCCCGGCCAGCCAGGAGCGGAGAACAUGCGCGAGAUCGUCUGGGACGAGGAGCUGGCGGCACGCGCCCAAAAGUGGGCGGACAACUGCCAGUUCCGGCACGAUCCGCAUCGCACAAUAAAUCGCUUUACCAUGGGCCAGAAUCUGGCUAUCAUUUGGAGCACAGCGCCGCUGGAUGCUGACGACGGUGACUUUCCCUCGCGCAUCCAGAGCUGGUUCAACGAGGUGCAAAAGUAUUCCUUCGGCGAUGCCUGGUCCCCCAAGACGGGCCACUACUCGCAGCUGGUCUGGGGCGAGACGAGCCUCGUGGGCUGCGGCUACGCGGAGUACAAGGAUGCCAGCAAGUACAACAAGCUCUACGUGUGCAACUAUGGGCCAGGCGGCAACGUGGUGGGCUUCAAUCCCUAUGAGGUGGGCAAGCCCGCCUGCUCCACCUACGGCAUGAAGCCCUCGUCCAAGUACCAGGGUCUGUGUGCCGCUCCGGGAGCAUCGCCGGCGAUCAGCAACAGCGUCUACGGAGGCAACACCAUUGAAACGUAUGAGUACAGCAGUGGCAACAGCAACACCCACAAACACAAUAACAAUCAGCCGACUAACAACAUUAACAAGAACCAACAACCGCAGCAGCAGCAGCAGCAGCAGCAGCAACAAUCCAACUACAAUCACAAUCGAUUCUACAAUAAUCCCAAACACCCAUCCUCCUCUCCACCCCAUCCCCUGUCCCACAACAACCCACAGGCAGCGGCGCCAGCACCAGCAGCAGCAGCAGCAGCGACGUCCGGCGGCAGCUCGUUUGGCAGCGCAACGCGCGGCGGCAGCCACGCCUACACAACUGAGGCCAAUCAGCGGAGGCAGCCGGAGCCAUCGGCGUACCAGUCCGGCCGCUACAAGCACAAGCUUGAGGCGUAUCGCCCAUCUGCGGCCGAGUUCGAGAAGUCCGUACACAAGCACACCAUUCUACGCACCUACAUAGAGCAGAAUCAGCAGCAGGCGGAGGCGGCAGAGGCGCAGGCACAGGCAGCGGCAGCGGCAGCGGCACAGGCGGAGGAGCAGACAGCCAGCACCCGGAAGCCCAGUCGCGGCUGGAGCCUGCUGACGUGGCGUGGCUGAAGACAGCCGGAGAGAGGAGAGGAUAGUCCACCACUCGUAUGCCGCACAAUGUAUUAGGCCCGCGCCUCCCACCCCCCCGCACCAUUAAUAGCUACUAUGUAGUGCCAUUAGAAACCCACUGAAACACCAUCAUCGACUCUGAACCCCAUCCAACACCAACUAUCGUCGCACCCCCUAGCCCUA